AUGCACCACCUCCUGGAGCAGCCCGCGGACAUGGCGACGGCGCUGCUGGCGGGCGAGAAGCUGCGCGAGCUCAUCCUGCCGGGCGCGCAGGACGACAAGGCGGGCGCGCUGGCCGCGCUGCUGCUGCAGCUGAAGCUGGAGCUGCCGUUCGACCGCGUGGUCACCAUCGGCACCGUGCUGGUGCCCAUCCUGCUGGUCACCCUGGUCUUCACCAAGAACUUCGCAGAGGAGCCCAUUUACUGCUACACCCCCCACAACUUCACCCGCGACCAGGCGCUGUACGCCCGCGGCUACUGCUGGACGGAGCUGCGGGACGCGCUGCCCGGCGUGGACGCCAGCUUGUGGCCGUCGCUGUUCGAGCACAAGCUGCUGCCCUACUCGCUGCUGGCCUUCGCGGCCAUCAUGUACGUGCCCGCGCUGGGCUGGGAGUUCCUGGCCUCCACCCGCCUCACCUCCGAGCUCAACUUCCUGCUGCAGGAGAUCGACAACUGCUACCACCGCGCCGCCGAGGGCCGCGCACCCAAGAUCGAGAAGCAGAUCCAGUCCAAGGGCCCGGGCAUCACGGAGCGCGAGAAGCGCGAGAUCAUCGAGAACGCCGAGAAGGACAAGAGCCCCGAGCAGAACCUGUUCGAGAAGUACCUGGAGCGGCGCGGCCGCAGCAACUUCCUGGCCAAGCUCUACCUGGCGCGCCACCUGCUCAUCCUGCUGCUCAGCGUGGCGCCCAUCUCCUACCUGUGCACCUACUACGCCACCCAGAAGCAGAACGAGUUCACCUGCGCGCUGGGCGCGGCGCCGGACGGGGGCCCGGCGGGCGGCGCGGGCCCGGCCGUGCGCGUGAGCUGCAAGCUGCCGUCCGUGCAGCUGCAGCGCAUCGUGGCGGGCGUGGACAUCGUGCUGCUUUGCGCCAUGAACCUCAUCAUCCUCGUCAACCUCAUCCACCUCUUCAUCUUCCGCAAGAGCAACUUCAUCUUCGACAAGCUGCACAAGGUGGGCAUCAAGACGCGCCGCCAGUGGCACAGCUCGCAGUUCUGCGACAUCAACAUCCUCGCCAUGUUCUGCAACGAGAACCGCGACCACAUCAAGUCGCUCAACCGCCUGGACUUCAUCACCAACGAGAGCGACCUCAUGUACGACAACGUGGUGCGGCAGCUGCUGGCCGCGCUGGCGCAGUCCAACCACGACGCCUCGCCCGCCGUGCGCGACGCGGCCGCGCAGACCGUGGACCCGAGCGCCGACCCCGCGCAGCCCGACGGCGCCGCCGAGCCGCCCGUGGUCAAGCGGCCGCGCAAGAAGAUGAAGUGGAUCCCCUCCAGCAACCCGCUGCCGCAGCCCUUCAAGGAGCCGCUGGCCAUCAUGCGCGUGGAGAACAGCAAGGCCGACAAGCCCAAGCCCGUGCGCCGCAAGACGGCCACCGACACGCUCAUCGCGCCGCUGCUGGACGCGGGGGCGCGCGCCGCGCUCCACUACAAGGGCGGCGGCGGCGACGCGGGCCCGCCCCCUGGCCCGGCCCCCGGCCCCGACAAGAAGCAGGCCCGCCACUUCUCCCUGGACGUGCACCCCUACAUCCUGGGCGCCAAGAAGGCCAAGCCCGAGGAGGCCUCGCCCGCCGCCCUGCCCGCCUCCCGCAGCCAGGAAGGGGGCUUCCUGUCCCAGGCGGAGGAGUGCGGGCUGGGCCUGGCGGCGGCCCCUGCCCAAGACGCUCCGCUCCCCGAGGACAUCCUGUACCCGGCAGAGCCGGCCCGAGCUGUGCUCCCCUCUGGCGGCUCCUUCCACGUCUGCUCGCCCCCCGCGGCCCCCACCACGGUCCCUCUGUCCCCCGCCGGCCUGGGCAAGCCUGACCCCAUCGCCAUCCUGAGCCGCAACGCCACCCACCCGCUGCUGCACAUCAGCACGCUGUAUGAGGCCCGGGAGGAGGAGGACGGGGGGGCCCGGGCACCCCCAGACAUGGGGAGCCUCAUCGCCAUCCCCCCGCCCCAGCAGAUCCUCAUCGCCACCUUCGAUGAGCCGAGGACCGUAGUGAGUACCGUGGAGUUCUGA